UCAGUGCUUGCUGAACCAGCUUCCUGGACUCCUUAAUAGCCAACACCAGCGUUAUGAGGUUUUUGGCACAGCUCAUUGCGACGAUGAAUCCAUCGCUAAAUGAGUCGAGCAACUAGGAAGAAUGCAGAGUGCAGGAUUCUCCAUUGCAAGCUCCCAGAUUAGGCAUGGUUCCUUGUCUUAUGUCUCCAGUGUGACCACUGCCACCCCAGCCAAGAGAAUCACUUUCUACAAGAGUGGAGAUACCCAGUUCAGUGGUAUCAGGAUGCCCAUUCAUAAGCGAAGCUUUAAAUGCUUUGAUGCCUUGUUGGAUGAUCUUUCACAGAAAAUGCCUUUGCCAUUUGGUGUGAGAACGAUCACUACACCCAGAGGAACUCACGCUAUUCAGAGUCUGGAGCAGUUGCAGGAUGGGGCUUGCUACCUGUGCUCUGAUCGCCACUAUGUUAAGCCAAUUGAUAUGGAGGUUGCAGGAAAACAGCCGGCUGUCUGGCACCACAAUUUUCCGCUUAACACCCCAAGAAAGCCUUCCCGACCUGACGAGCCACCUACGGGACAUUAUAGCCAUCACUAUCAUCGACACCCAAAGAGGAUUGUACUGGUGAAAAACAAUGAUCCCGCAGUGAGAAGGUCCAUCACUUUGAGCAGAAAGAGGGCUCGCAGCCUUCGUGUCUUUAUGGAUGAGAUUUCAGAACUGAUGCAGAGCACCGUCAGGAAGCUGUACACCUUGGAAGGACGAAAGAUUGAUAGUAUGCAGAGCCUGAUGCAAUGUCCCAGUGUGUUGGUGUGUGUGGGCCGAGAGUCCUUCAAUCCCUUACUUCUGGAGCAUCUGAGAAAGAACUCAGAAGAGAAGUUGCCUGGGAUAGGUGCAAGGUCGCACUCCAGCAUCUACAGCGAGGGCCAUGACAGCAAAAAAAAUGUGAACUUUGGACUUGAGACCAAGAAAAGUAUCAUUCAUCCAAGGUCAGAUUCAAGUAACAAAUCCACAAGGUUCUCCCUAUCAUCAGAAAAAUCCUACCCAAAUGGAUCAAGCAUGACACCCGGGCAGCUGGGUUGUGUUACAAAGGAAGUUAUGAUGAAUGAUGAUGUCGAGAAAAGGGUUCUUGUCAACAAAGAUGGCAGUCUGUCUGUAGAAAUGAAAGUUCGGUUCCGCCUAGUCAAUGAUGAAACUCUUCAGUGGUCCACUGAAAUCAAGAAAUUGCCAAAUGAAUCUACAAAUGAAUGUAGUUCUUUACAAGAGGGGGAUCCUCAUAUUCUUCAAGACAAAGUGGAAUACUCUGAACCAGGGUCUAACACUGAAUGUGAGGCUGAGGAGGCCUGUUCCCCAAAAUGUCAUCAAAUGGACUAUUUAGAGUCUUACUGUCAAAAUUGCUACAGCCAUAAUCAAGGUUAUGACAUUUGGAAAAAUCCCUUACAUAGGGAUGAUGGAGCCAGUGGAAUUAGGAGUUCCUCUAAUUCUGCUGGAUCAUCUGACAAAACUAUGCACCAAAAGGCAUCUGUGGACAGUGUGUAUACAUUUUCCAGGUCCAGUGAGGAGUAUACCGAACAAGUGAAAGAGAAGGCAUCUUGCUUCCAACGCACUAUUGAGGAAGGGGAUACAAGAAUUGAAUAUUGCUCAAUAAGUCGUUGUUGCAAUCAGAGUGAAGUUUCAACCAGCACUACAAAGUGUAAUGAACCCAUUGACACAUGUGAACGUAAGACUGAGAAAAUAUUUCAGAAUAAUGAAAGGAGAAAAACAGACUAUGCAGAAGAUGAUAAUUUGAACAAAGUCACAAAAGUAGCAGAGCAUUUGAUUUCUUCUACCAGCAAUUCAUCCAUCAUCCAGUCUUUCAAAAAGGAUAAGAAAGUUGAUUAUGAUGACUCUUCUGUAAGUGUAUCAAGAGCAUGGUGUUCUGAACAGGAUAAACUAUUUGCAUGUGUAUACUGCUAUGGCUGUCAAGGGUCACAAAAUUUGCAUUCAUCCUCCGUAGCACCUAAAGUGUCAAACUGCUCUGCUGAUGCAUUAAAAUCCAAAAAGGACAAAAACAUGUAUGCAGCACCAGAAAUGUCCCCAGAGGGUCACGCUGACAGUACGGACAGUGCUAGAUCUUCCGUUUCAACAGUGUGCUCAAGGUCUCAAUGCUGCUGCUGCAGCCAACAUAGAGAUGCAACAACAAGUUUGGUGGAAUCUGAAAUGAAGAGUGGUUUAAAGGAAAGGGUUCAGAGUGCAGUGUUUGAUGACAGCAAAGUGUCUAACAAAUCUCAGGCAAUAACAAAUUCCCCAAGGACACUGAUAUCAGAUGGUGGUGUUCAGAAAGCAUGCAGUAAGGAAACAAAGAGAGGGAAUAGAUCUAUAAGUACCAGGUCAAUAAAUACACGUUUCUCAGUAAUGUCCACAGUGUGCCCUUGUUGUGGUGGAUGUGGAAGACUAACAUCAACAAUACCAGCAAAUAUUCAUGAUAUAUCAGUUCAAGUAGCUGAGGAAGAUGAUGAAAUUAAGCCACUUGGUCAGAGAUCAUCUAAGUUGACCAGGUCUGAGAAAUCUAACAAAUGUACUCAUUGUUCACAACAAAAAGAUUCUGCUAUUUUAAACACACUUCAGAGUAAUGAACCUGAUCAAAAUAAAGUAGACCUCAAGUACGCUUGCUCCCAAAGUGAACUGUCUGAUUCAUCAAAACAUUCCACUGAUUCAAAGCAAUUCAAUAAAUCUAACCAGCAUGCAUGUGGGCAGUCAUGUGAUGCAGAAAUGAUUUCUGAAAAUGCUGCAUGGGAUGGUGUAGAAGGAAGGAACAAAAGUGCCAUGUCAGUGAAAUCAGUUGGAACUACAAAGUCAAACAAUAACAUGCCAGAUAAACUAAUGACAUAUAGACAAGAGAACCAAACUGCUACCCAGGAAAAUAUAACAGAAACAGAGAAUGUGAUGCAAAAUUCUGACAUAGACACUGAAGAAAGUGUCGCAAUGUCAACUAAAUCACACUCGACUAAAGAUUUUGACAAAUUCCAAAAUGUAAACAACAUUCAAGACACUAUGACUGUUUCACCACAAGUUUCUACAAGCCCUAUUACAGACAAUCGUCAUAUUAAAAUAAAUUCAGAGAGGUUAACAAUUGCUCUGUCCAAAAGUGCCAAAGUUUCAGUGAAAUCAAGUGCCUGCUCAGAGUGUGAUAUAGAAUCAGUGUUGUAUCUCACUGAUAUGACUGAGGUUCAGGAAACUACACAAACAACAGAUGAUGCAAAAUGUAGUGCAGAGAAUUCUUUACCAGUGGCUUCACCGUCACCAAAGUCAUCAAUCACAGCUAAAAGUAAUAAUCAGUCAUCAAGUAUAAAAUCUGUGAAUACUAAAACAUCUUCAAAGUCAACAAGACAUAACAAACGUCACUGCUCUUCAAGCCGAUGUGUUCAAAGAGUAACAAAUAGUCCCUCAGUAAAAUCCAGAUCUCUUGCUUCACAUGGACAGCUAGAUGAACCAUUAAGUCCAACAUCAACAGCUUCUGUUUCUCUUGGACUUGGUGCAGAAGAGAGGUCUGAGGACCUCAAUGAAAAAUCCAUGAGCAACAUCUUACAAAUCUUUGAUAAACCUAGAUGUUUUUCUGAAAAAAAUACCUCUGAGCCAUCUGCAUUACAUGAUGUUAUAAGCAAUUCAGCAAUAAUAGAAACGGGAGAGAGUGUCAGAAGUGCUGUUUCUACAAGUUUGACGGUUUCAGAUAAGUCAAAAUUGUUUAAUAAUAAGCAAAACUCAUGCAAGGAUCCUGAAGUUAUCUUAGGUGGUGAAUUUGAAUGCUUCAUAUCAACCAAAUCAAAGACAGAAAGCAAAGUAAUGGUCCAGCAUUUACAGAAUGAUGGUGAUCAUAGAGUGCCAUCUGCAUUGUCAGGGUCAUCAGAGAAAUCAGAGAAGAACUCACCAAGUAAAAACAACUCAGCCAUAAAAAUCAAUACAAAUACAGAGAAGGGUGAAACAAUCAAGGAUUCAUCUAUAUCUGGAAGUUCUUUAAAAUCGAGUCAGAAUAAAAUAACCUCUGAGAAGGCUAUCACCCGUGGAGCUGCUACAUCUAAUGGUCAAGGAUCAAAAAAAAAGGAAAAAUUCUCCUCAAACUUGGACAUAAAAGAAGCCAAGAAAACUCAUUCUAAUAAUACUGCUAGUGUGAUUUUGUUAAAAACGUCAAAAUCAGACAAAAAAACACAGAGGAAAAAAUAUGCCACUAAGUCUGAAGUGUCACAAAUCUGCACCACUCCAAAUUCUAAAGGUAAUAGUGCUUUGCCGCACACUCCAGAUCUAUUAAUGGAAAAGGAUUCUGAUGCAAAACCAGACAGUAGAAAAUCAAGAUCAAACACAUCAGACAAAAACUAUGUCCUUGAAGAGAAACAGCAUGUUGACAGUAACUGUAAAAACAGCAGGAAAAUUACCAUCACAUCCCAGAACAAUACUGAGGAUCAUGAUAAGGAGCCACUCAUGCCGUCUUCUUUACCCAGUGCAUCUCCUACGGAUGUUGUGAAUAACUGGCUUAAAAAUAUACCAAUUGAUGGUCCUAUGUAUGAAAUGGAGGAUGAAAUCAUUGAUAAACAUGAUGAAUCUCUCCUUCAUAAACCUGCUGUGAAGGAUAAUGGAUGUUUUCAAAAUGAAAUCGGAGAACAUUUUGAAAAGCCAAUGAAAAUGAUAAGAUCUGAAGAAAUAGAUGGGCCUGAAGGUGCAGAUCCUGUUACAGAAGUUAAAAAUACCCUCUGUGAUGCAAAAAUGGCAUGUAAUGAGACAUUCCAAAUUAUUGUAGCCAACAGUGAUCGCAGUCAUGUCAGUUCAAAAAUAACUAACAGAGAGAGUUUAACAAAUAAAUGUCAGUCCUCAAUACAGGUUAUGAAGGUCCUCUUAAGUCCAAAGCUGGACAGAUGCAAUAGUUUGCCUGAAGUUUCACCAACAUAUGGGAGAAAAUUAAGCACAUCAGCCAAAGGACUACUAGACUGCCUUGCUAAUUUACAAAUGAUUGACCCAGAUCCAAAGAUAUUUGACAAAUACAGUGAAAUAAUAAGCACUCUCCAGUCGUUAUGGAUUGACAGACCAUCUGAAACUGUGCAAGAGAAGCAUAGCAUAAAAAUUAAUUCAGCUGAGGAUGACUUUAACCUGAGAUCUUCAUCAGGGGUAGAUUUAAGCAGUGGUUCCAUAGGAUCUAACAAAGGAAGCAUCAGUGGUGGGCUUGAAAAGUUAGAAACAGCAGAGGGCAAAGCAACAGUAAUAGUUGAAGAGGAAACUUUCCCACAGAACCAAGGAGAUGUUAUUAAAGUGGGUGGAUGUGACUCUUUAUCUGUAACACCAGAAAACAUAAAUACUUCCCUUGUCUCUUCAGAGCCUAUCACUCCAGACAUUGCUGAGAGGGUCCGAUGCAGUCCCGAACAUGAACAACUAAACAAGGAAGCACAAAAAGAUGAAGGCCUUAAAGGCACAGGUGAUGUCCUGCAGACUAAAGAACAUAUAACAGCUAUUAAGGAAAUAGCUUCAACAUUCUCUGAAAAUAACGGAAAUGUUAAGUCAGUGACUGUUAAUGAAACAGUUCACCCAGAAAAUAACAACUCAAGAACAUCACAACCAGAUCAGAAAGGUCAAUUAACAAAGAGAAUUUCACAAGACCCAGAUCCAGUAUGGGUUUUGAGCUUAUUAAAGAAACUGGAAAAGCAAUUUAUGUCUCACUACGUGAAUGCAAUAGCAGAGUUUAAAGUAAGGUGGGAUUUAAAUGACAACGAGACACUUGAAAUAAUGAUCAGUGAACUGAAAGAAGAGGUUCAUAAAAGGAUUCAGUCUACUAUAAAUCGAGAGCUGCAGAAAAUCCAAAGUCGUGCUGGUAAAACACCGAGACCACCAAUAAGCAUCCUUUCUAGAGAUUCUACUGUCCAAACUGAGCAACGGCGAAGACGUCUUAGAGUGAUGCAGAAUAAACUUAUCAACCCUUCAAGAGGUGAAUACAUAAACAGUGUGUCAGGUACUGAAUUCAGUGACCAGCGUAGUGAAGAUGAAUACUGUCCAUGUGACGCAUGUGUGAAAAAGAAGACCUCUAGAGUUGUCCAGUGUUCUGAAGCGUUGAGUGUGGCUCCAGUUCUUAAAGAGUUUGAUCUUAGGAAAAUCUUACAAACAAAGAAAGAUCCCCCUGUUACUAUGCCUGUACAGUCCAAUCUGGAUGAACAAAAAGAUCGGAAUAAAGACAAAACCAAAGAUGUCAAAGAGGAUGCAGUCACAACAGAGCAAGGAGUUCAGGCCUGUGAGAAUCAAGACAAAGAUGUAGGGGUUAUAAAUGCUGGAGGCGUGAGGACAGUAAAGGAAGGACCAUCUAAAGAACAAGCAGAUGAGAAACUGUCUGAUAAUAACAUUGACGGAGCAGAUGAUGGAGAAAGCGAAACAGAGAAAGAAAGACAUGAGGUGGGAGAGGAUUUGGAGGGCAAGUACACAGAUAAGAAGGACAACGAAAUAAUGAAUAGGGAGGAUGAACAGUCAGAAGAGGAAACAGAGGAAGAUACAACAUUAAAUGAAAAGGUAUUAAUGGAAAAAGAACUAGCUGCAGAAAGAAAAAAAACAGAAAGCAGUGACACUGAAGAGGGAGAAGGGAAUUCAGUGGAGGACAAAGAAUCGAAUGAUGAAAGAGCUGAAGAGGAGGUGUCUGAAGGGGAAACAAAUAAACAGAGCGAACUCAGGGACACUGAAGAAGAGGAAAGGGACGAGAUUGAAGAAAAGGCAGAGAUACCAGAAGAGGGUGAAGAAACAGAAAAUAGAACAGGAGAGGAAACACAAUCAGCCAAAGAAAGCAAUAUAUCCUGGGAUGAAUCUGGAGAUGAGAAUAGUAAUGAGACAAGUGAUGAGCGAACACAAGACAAUGCUCCUGCUGCUGCAGCUGUAGCUAAGCCUAGAAAGAACGAAAAAGCUCAAAUCAUAGAAGGUGAAAAAGCAAAGGAAGAUGGUACCACAAGAACAAGUGAAGCUAAGAUGUCCACUGAAAAUACUGUCGAUGAAAAUCAGAGUGAAUCUAUUAAAGAAGAAAAUGAGUUUGAAAAUGAACCACAUGACAGCAAGGGUAAGACACAUAUCCAGAAAUCAACCAAAAAGAAAGAUAAUAUGACUUCAACAGGACAGCUGGUCUCUGAGGAGGAGGACGGUGGUGACAUUGAUGGCUAUGAAACUGAUGUAAAGCAUCAGACUGACAUUAGAGCAGAGAGAAUUGAAAAUCAGGAGGAGGGCUCUGAUCGUCCAAGUAAAACCUGUGAUGAUGAAUCUGACUGUAAACUUAUUACACAGUUAACAAAAACAUCAGUUGAAUCCCAAACUGGAUCAUUGGAAUACUCCAAGAAUAUCACAGUAAAAGAAAAGCUACGGGAUAUUCAGAGUUUAAUAGACUGUUUGAAUGAUUCAUAGUUAUUUAUGGAAUGUCUGGAUACAUUUUGAGAAAGAUAAGUGUUUCACCGAAGAGAAUAAAAUAGUAAACAAAGAGAAAUCCAGGUUAAAGUGGAUGAACAAGACUGAAUCUUUUUACGUUUCAGUGAUAUUUUUGCUUUGAG